CUCCUCAACACGACAGUCACAGUCGCAUUCAGUCCGAUGUAUAGUACACAAUAUGCCCUCCCGCCGUCCUAAACUUCUUUCUUCCUCCCGGCCACGCCCUCUGAACCGAAUUGCCAAAGCUACCUCUCGCACUCCUACUCUGUCCGCGAAAAAAGGCCGCUCCCUAAUCCGUGCCUUCCACACUCUGCGUAAACAGCAUGCUGCCGCUCUCGUAGCCGGUGACGGGAAAAAAGCCACCGAAUAUGAGGCACAAAUGGACGCUCUCGGAGGACUGGAAGCCUACCAGAAGGCGAGCCUGAACGGGCAAGGCAAAGAGAGGGGAGGCGAUUCAAGUGGUGUGCUUGUGGGAUGGUUGAGCAAAGGCGCUGCUACGGAACUAGGGAGUGGAACCGGGAAGAGAAAGAGGGCAGCAGACCCAAAUGGUGUCGAGAAGCAGAGAAAUGUGAGGAGGGUCUUGGAGGUCGGCUGUCUUUCCACGACGAACGCGGUUUCGAAAAUGCGUGGUGUACACAUGGAUCGACUGGAUCUGCAUUCUCAGGAUGCGCAGAUUGAGCAGCAGGACUUUAUGCAACGGCCCAUACCGACAGACGAGAGCAAAAAGUAUGAUGUGGUCAGUUUAAGCUUGGUUCUGAACUAUGUACCCGACGCAGAAGGGAAAGGGGAGAUGCUCAGACGGACGUGUGAAUUUCUCAGGAAGCCUAAUCAUGAAGUCCAAGAAGAGGAAGAGGAGGCUAAUACCGAAGAAGAGUUAUAUCCGUGUCUCUUCCUUGUCCUACCUGCGCCGUGCGUACACAACUCUCGAUAUCUAGAUGAGGCACAUUUGGCCCGUAUCAUGAAUAGUUUAGGCUAUAGCCUGAUACGGCAAAAGCUAUCAUCCAAGCUCACAUACACACUUUGGCGAUGGGACGGCUGGGAAGCCUCAAGUAAACAGAAGUUCAACAAGGAAGAGCUCAAGCCCGGCGGCGCACGGAAUAACUUUUGUAUCGUUCUGAAAUAGUCUCGAUACACGCCGCUCGGAUUAGCAUUAUAUGAUUAUUGCUUGUUUCCCGC